AUGGAGAAAAUCGCGUUCGGAUGUUUAAGUAUUUUUCUUUUAUUGCAUUUUGUACCAGGAAGUGGUCAGGAAGCACCACGACCUCCGUUCCAGGUGCUGAUACCAGAUGUCUCAUACUGGGCAUAUGGAAACAAUGAUCACGGACCGAUGUACUGGCCGGGCUUAUUUCCAAAUUAUUGUGCUGGUAUAUUCCAGUCACCAAUAAAUAUUGAGACCAGUAAGACAGUGUAUAAUCCAAAUCUAAAGGAGUUCGCCAUUUUCUACGAUCCACCUUUGCGAGGAUCAAAGUUUGAAGUUCAUAAUAACGGACAUGCAGUUGAAGUGAAUACUGACGGAAGUUUCUACAUUUCAAAUGGUGGGUUGCGUUAUUUGUAUAAAACAGCUCAGUUUCAUUUCCACUGGGGUAGUCAAGAUGCUCAGGGAUCCGAACAUACAAUUGAUGGUGAACGGUAUCCUCUAGAGAUGCACGUUGUGAAUUGGAAUAGCGACAAAUACAAAUCAAGUGACGAGGCUGGGAAACAUCGGGAAGGUCUUGCUGUUCUGUCAAUCUUGUUCAAGGUAUCAUCAUUCGACAAUCCGACAUUGGAACCAAUUGUUCGAGUUCUACAUCAGUUAAGAGAUCCGGACAGACAUGUAUUAGUAACUAUACCGGCUGUUUCAAUAAAGGAGUUUCUACCCCAAUCACCGGACAGAUACUUCCGGUACGCUGGUUCCCUUACUACACCCAACUGCUCUGAAACUGUCAUAUGGACUAUAUUUGAACAGAACCAGUACAUCUCUGAGAGACAGCUAAGGCACUUCCGGGAGAUGUUUACCUCAUCUCUUCAUAUUGAAGCAAGAACACGUAACCGGGUACUAGGUGAAGCUGGUGAAUGGAGGGCAUUAUUGUCAGAUAACUUCCGGCCAGUUCAUAACCUUAAUGGUCGAACGGUUUUCCGGAGUUUCCAACACCUUCCGUUACAAAGUGGCCAAACAUGUAACCCGAGGGUUGACCUGGAUAUUAAACUGCGUACCUAA